AUGCUGUACGAGCACACCAUCGACAUUAGCAGCUCUCGCGGGGCCACCGUCCGGUACCUGAUUGCAGCAGCCACUAAGAGUACGCUGCAAACGACCCUACAGACAUUAGAAAAACUAGCCGCGCAGUCAGUUGAACUUCACCGUUUUGUAAUUAUGGCGGCGGUUUCAGCCAUGCGGAAAUCUCCUCAGAACGAAGAAAAGUGCGCUCUUGCCUCCAAACUUUUGAGCGCCGCCCUGGAGAAGAGCAACGCCCUCACAUUGGUGGCCACCGCCCUUGAGGAGUCACCGACACAGGUGACGAACGAAGUACUCACCAACCUUAUGGUAAAGGAUCUGAAACUCUCGCCCACGCAGCAGCUACAGUUUGCCAUGGGGCUGUUUCUUGGCAGCACAAAAGGCAAAGAGGCGGCAACGGCGUUUUUGAACACAUUUGGUGUUUCUCCAGCCACAUUGAAGGAUGACAAUGGUAGCAUGUGGGCCUUAGGCAUCUUGGCACGACAGGCGGGCGGCAUGGAGUCUCUAGACACACAGCUGUCAAGUGCAUUUAACGGCGUGACGUUGUUCCCGAACAGUGGGGUCGCCGACACGCAUGUUAGUCUCUCCAAGAUUAUAGGAGAGCUUGGGACCGCGUGUGUGGCAACCCAGGCUGACUGCCGGGAGUUACUUAGCUUUUUUCCACACGCCUUUACGGAAAGCGAUGUGGCGGAGGUGUUGGGUUUUUUUGCCUCGCAGGGAAGCGCACCUUCUGACAUCAACACAUACAAUACACUGAUGUCCUUGACCGGGAGGGAGCCGACGAAGACACAGCACAGCGCCACCAUCUCGCCGAUACCCCUCCUCGAGCUCUUGCAAGAGCGGAGCUCGACCAAGAUGGACUGGGAUGCCAUCCUCCGCAUGCUUGAUAAGCCCGGGGAGGAGGCCUUCCGGCAAAAGCACGUUGCAAUAGUCUUUGACGCGUAUUACAAAUUUAAAGGGACGGGUACACCAGGCACGUACCCACCGGUGACGAUCUUCCUUGGCCGUUGGAACAACGUUGGCCGCCAACGCAGCGCUCUUGAGUACAUCUUGAAACAUCCCGAGAAGGUUUCCCUACAAUCCUUACCACGGGAUCAGAUGGCGGCAGCGGAGCUCAUAGAAAGUACUUCCGCGGCAGCUACGGCGGCUUCCCCAUCAGCCACAACAGCUACGACGGGUACGGCACGUAUUUCUGAGAGUGAGUUGUGGCGGUUUUUUCCUUUUGUAGAAGCUGCUGUACAUGUCGCCAGCCGUGACCGUACAUUUGACAUGGAAACACUUCGCCCAGCUGCUCAGAGGUACCCGUUGUUAUUAUUUUCCAUGCUGCUUUUUGGUACGUUUCCGGGUACAGUUAAAAAUUUCAGUACGGCGAAAUUAAUUCUAAAAGAGCGUUGGCUUGCCCUUGACCGCGUCGCGGCUAUCGUUUUGCCAGAGGCGGAGAAAAAUGGAAGGCUGAAUGCUGUCAUCAUGGUCUUGUCUGAGCUUACUGUCGUGGAUGCGAGUCGCACGAUUGAAGUGAUGGAGACUGUACUGAAGUCCAAGACGGCAGUGAAGGCAUUUCUUGCUAGCGGCGGUAAUCCACGACUUGUUACAGCUAUCGCCAUGUGCAUGGAAGAUUCUUCUGAAACCGGUGAAACAUGGAUCAGUAAAGCACUUGAGGGAAAACUGCAUUUUCGCGCCAACGCCGCAGAGAAUCGGUUUGCUGUGGCCAUGUCUAUUGUAGAGGUUGCAGAGCAGCUAAUUACCAAACAAAAUUAUGUCUCUAACGCUACAGCGGCGCUUAAUACGUUUUUAGCCUCUUCGUUAAAUGAUGUGCUACGUGAUGUGGCAGAGCAGGCACGUGUCUUGCUGGCCUCCUCGGACUCCCUUUUUCCCUCAGACAUUGAAAAUGAAGCGACGGAAUUCUACAAACGGAUGUACGCUAUAGGAGAUCCCACAAACACCGCCUCGCUCGCAUUUAUUGAACAACUACUGAAAAGUUCCAAGACUCGAGAUAAGCAGUUGUACGCCUGUAUAGUGAGCAUCAUGUUUGAGGAGCAUGGCGCCAUUGAGUGCUACCCACAGAAGGAACUACAACUGUUUGCCGUGCUUUACGGUCAAAUGAUCGCACGUGAACUUCUGCCACACAGCCAACAGCAACAUGCAUGGAGCCUGCUGCUUCCUGUCAUUGUCAAGCCCAAGGGUCCUGUCAUGGAGGAAUAUGGUAUCAUCGCACUGGAACAACUGAAGCCACGGUUGGCGGAGUGGCCGCAGUAUGGACGGGCGUUGCGUUACGUGAAGGAUCUUGACAUAAAAAUUCCCGGCAUUAUGGCCGCAAUCAACCGUGGCAUUAAGGCAGAAGAAGCGGCACGUCAGCAGCAGAAUCGGCAACCGUUGCCCGAGAAACCGCCAAGUAAAGAGGCCGAGUCCCUUCUUUCGGAUCCAGCUGUCCUCGCCGUCAGCACCGAGCGACGUGACUCGACGGCGGCAGCCGCGGCUGCCGCCGACCAACAAAAGGAGCGUUCCGCCGCGGCGACGUUGCACCAGCACGACAUUGGGACUUUGCUGUCGUCCAAAAACAUCACAGCUCCCCCGCGUGUCAUUCAGGAGCAGAUCAACUUCCUUAUUGGCAACACCGACAUGCACAACAUUGAAAACAACGCCAGUGACCUUGCGAAGCAGCUGCGCCCUGAGUACUACGAAUACUUUGCUGAGUAUCUGGUGAUCAAGCGGGCUGCACUGGAGCCGAACUACCACAGCAUCUACCUUGACCUCUUGGAUAAGCUGCAGUCAAAGCCCCUUGAGAAGGCAAUACGCAACGCGACGAUUUCAUCCAUCAAGCGGUUGUUGAACUCCGAUAAGAUCCGCGCAGACCCUGGCGAGCGCAGCCUGCUGAAGAACCUUGGAUAUUGGCUUGGGCUCCUCACACUUGCAAAGAACAUCCCCAUCACGGUGCAGGAUCUCUGUUUUAAGGAUCUGAUCUUUAUGGGCUUGCGUGAGGGGAAACUUAUGGCCGUUGUGUCUUGCGUCUCGCGUGUGUUACAUCACUGCAUGAGCUCCCACUUUUUUUGUCCGCCUAACCCAUGGACGAUGCGGCUGUUGUGUUUGCUGUGGGAGAUGUACAACUUGAAGCAUCUGCGCGUGACACUUCGUUUUGAGGUGGAGGUGCUGUGCAAGCACAUGAACGUGACGCUGCAGGAUAUUGAGCGGUACUACACUUUACACCCCAUCAGCACCGCCUCACAACUGCGUAUGGUGGAGAUAUACAAGGAGAUCAACCUCCACCAGAGCGGGGACUUCCGUGUGGAUGAGAAGGAUCUCCAUGAACCCUCUCCGCUUCUCAUGCAGCAACCGAAGGCACCACCACCACUACAACAGCAGCAGCAGCAACAACAGCAGCAACAACAACAACAACCGCAAUCAGUUCAACAGGUGCAGCAAGAGCAACAACAACAACAACAAAAACAGCAGCAACAACAGCAACAACGCCAGACUCGUCAGCUACAAGCCAGUGCGGAGCCGUUCAAACCGAAGGAUGCGAUGCCUGUUGCGAACACGAUGCCCAGUGCGGAUGUUUCCGCGUCGGGCCACCCAGCGAUUCUCAUAACACCAGACAAUGUGCGGGUAAGUGACGAGGAUGUGAGCUAUUUUGCAAAUCGUCUCGACGUUUACAAGGGGGCGCUUGCUCGCACCCUUGAAAAAAUUGUACAAGACGCAAAAGUGUCGCUGCAGCGUGCGGUGAUGAUUGCCACAGUGACGGCGUGCAGUAUCGUCACAAAGGACUUUCUUUUGGAUCCGGAUGUGGGAGGCAUGCUGCGUGCAGGCCAGGCGAUGGCACGUUCAUUGGCGGCAAACUUGUGCACAGUGACUGUCCGUGAUUCGUUGAUAGAGCCUUUUAACAAACACGUUGCUGUGUUGGCGGAGCACUUUGUCGAGGUUCACCUCCCGAACGUGAUGGAGCGGCGAGAGCGAUUCCGCAACAAAGUCCGAGAAAAUAACAUGGAGUUGUGUGUCCGUGUCUUGGAGUACCAGGCGGCAGAGGAGGCUGAAAGGCGAGUCCACGAUAAAUUAAUGCAGGUGGUGAGGGAGAAGCUUGAGGCCAUUAACACCCGUGAGUUUCCACGCAUCCCAAAGGAGCAUUACGAGGUGCAGGACAUUUUGAUGCAGAUGGGUGAGGUGCUGCGACCUCCCCGCAAUGUUCCACCCCUGCAACGGGCGGUGUAUGAUGAGUAUAGAAAUAAUGUUCCUAUCGUAGGGCUUUUGGCGACAUAUUUGCGUACCAUUGAGGAUGCCACUGUGGCGCAUUAUUCGAUGGAGAAUUGCAAGGUCCUCUCACUCACAAGUCCUGAGUUUACGAAUAAAUCGCUGGGGGAUAGCCACGAUACCAUACGUAUGCGGGUUAUUAACAUUUCCAAUAUGAUUACGGGUGAGACCGCCUUUUAUUGCGUUUCCCACCUGUUGCGGAAGCUCAUGGCACUUUCGGAUGCGAUGAAACAAGUGGAACCCACAGGGGGGGGUAGCAUGGAGGCAAACACCAUUCGCCACAAAAACGUCUGCGAAUUCCUGAAUGAGGUGUACCUUUUUGUUUUGCAGACAUGCUUUGAGCGUGGCAAGGAGCCCGUGCGGGAGGAGCUGACGAGGCUGUUUUUACAGGACGAACGACGUUGGCGACAUGCGGACCUCGUGACAAACCUACUGCGCAUCAAGGUGAUAAACGUCACGAGGCUCGAUGAAGUCCUCUCCAAGGCAAUUCUGGACAGUUCGAUGUCGGGACCAGCGAUAGAUUUUGCCGGGAGUGUCAUCAAGAAGGCACUGAUCACUGAAAAGCUUGUUGUCCCAAAAAAUCUGAAGGACACACUGGCACAGCUGGAGUUGGUGGCCCAUCCGCCGCGCUCGAUAGCAGAGAAACAACAACAACAACAGCAACAGCAACAGCAGCAGCAACCAGCAGCCAACAGCAGCAGCACAGCAACAACAACGCAACAACAACAGCAACAACAAUCCCAUUCUCACCAGCAACAUCAACAGCAGCAGCAACAGCACCAACAGCAACGCCCAGAGGGUGCCACCACUGCCGCGGCAUCCGGGGGUCAGGCUUUGACGAUUAUGAACCUGUACCCGUUGCUUUCUUCCUUGGUGCCAGCGAACGUCCGUCGGCUGGUUGUUUUGUCACAAACGCAACAUGACCCCGAGGAGGUAGAGAAGGUGCGCCGUCUUUUUGAUGAGUGGAUGAACAUAAACAGCCGGCGGUCGCACGGGACGUCAUCUGAGCCUUCCGCUUCGGCAACAACAACGACGACAACACCAUCGCCGGGGACGACGUCAAGCAGCAAAAACCCACCGCAGUACGAAUAUAUUUUGACACUUCGCAAACAGGGCCAACUGGACAACCACCAGCUUGGAACUUUUUUGAGCCUUUGCACACGCUUCUGCGUGGAGCACUACGCCACGAAAACGUUGGAGUUGGAGCGUGCCAGCCCGUCGACGCUUCAUAAUGUUUCAACGGCAGAGUGGAAGCCUGGCAAUGCCCCACCGCACCGCUACCCGUAUGACGGCACCGUGUUUGCGAAGGUAGACGCUUUUGCGGACCUGGCGACUGUGCUGCUGUACUACUGCUCGCUAAAAAACGAUACGCGCCAGUUACUCUCUCUGCUUCGGCGCAUUCUGGAUGCCUUUCAACGCUCUCUUAUUGACCACCACCAGAAUGUGGUUCUGCAAAUGCAGCAGAAACAACAACAGCAGCAACAGCUACCCAUUAACAAAAUGGAGCUUCCCCCUGAAACCGCCUUUGUACCAGUGUUCCAGCAGCAGCCAUAUGUUCGUUUUUUCAGUAUUCUGUUUACGACGCUGGUACGCGCGGAUGCUCCGAACCGUGAGACGACAGAGCAGAUUACGCAUGUCUUUGCCGAGUUGUUGCAUAGAUUAUCCCCGAUGAAGUACCCGGCAUUUGCCUUUGGGUGGUUAGAGCUUGUAAGUCAUCGCAUUUUUUUGAACCGCUGCCUUCGUACAUUGGCGUUAUGGCCAUACUACGUUGCCUUGCUGGUGCAAGGGCUAGAGUUUAUUGAACACUUUACCCGCGAUGGGGCGAUCCCGAAGAAUAUUCUUGUGUUCUACAAGGCAUUCUUUAAGUUAAUGCUUGUGUUGACCCAUGACUACUCGCGGUUUCUCAUUACAUAUCAUUAUCAGCUCUGUGACGCCAUUCCACCGUAUUGCGUUCAGCUACUCAAUACGGUCUUGUGCUCUUUUCCGUCAGGUGUGAAGUUGCCGGAGUUCUUUUUGCGCGUGCCGGAUGACAGCCCAGAGAUGCGAAAGCCACUCAACACGGAGAAUCAGGUGAAAUGUAUCGAGGAAAGUUUCUGGCAGAACGGCUUUGAUGGUAACCAGUUGGCUGAGAAGAUACGCGACGAGCGUCCGAUGGAUGAGACGUACAUGCGGAGUGUUGUGGACAAACUACAGUCCGCUCCAAAUUGGCGGUUAAUGAACGCCAUUGUUCUUCAUGUUUGCAUUGUUUACCUUGAUAUGCAUGAGCUUAUCAUCAAACCAGACUUCUCUGAGUCCAAUGCCAUGAGAUUUUACCGCUACCUCGCCAGCACAUUGGACAAUAAACACCGAUACCACUUUAUCUGCUCCUGCGCCAACCACCUCCGCUAUCCGAACUGCCAGACAAACUUUUUUGUAAAGGUCAUCUUGCAGUUGUUCUUGCAGCACCCAUCGAUCCGCAACCCGACAACACGACUCUGCAUUCAGGAACAGAUUACACGUGUGGCGGUGGAGAAGACACUCAUCAUUCAGCCUCACCCUUGGGGUGUGCUCAGCACCUUUAUGGAGCUCAUGCGGGCCUCGGAGUACGGCUUCUGGGAGAAGAGCUUUAUCAGCAGUACACCGUUCUUAGAAAGCAUGUUUCACAAGCUGCGCCGCUCUGUCGAGAGCCGAAACGCACAGCAGCAGCAGCAGCAACAACAACAACAAGCGACGACGACGACGAAGAAGGCAUGA